UAAAGGAAGACGGGAAGUGCGCCGCCAGUGGCAGCACAGGGACGGGACAAGGACUCUGCACACCCCCAAUUUGGUGUAUGUGGUCGGAGAAGGGUCCAGGUCCUCUGUACCUAGCGGAGCAAGGUGCCAGUAGGGUUCGCGCGCUGGCGAGCUGUUUGGAGGUCCCUGACGGGAAGGUGCCAACCGCAGGGGGUCGAGCUCCUACCCGCCCCACCCUGGCUGCGACCGCACGGGGAGGAAGCGCGCAGAGGCCGAGUGCAAAAGUUUCCUUUUCUGCUUUCCCGUCAGAGCAACUUCAGCUAGCCAAGGGUGGGGAUGCAUGCAUGACUUCAGUCGGAAGAAACCCCGGGAACCCAAGGGGUUAAAAUAAGCGACUUCCCGAAAACACAACAUUCAAAACAAAACAAAACCUCUCCCCACCGCUAGCCAUGGGCAGCCGAGAUCACUUGUUCAAAGUGCUGGUGGUGGGGGACGCCGCCGUGGGCAAGACGUCACUGGUCCAGCGCUACUCCCAGGACAGCUUCAGCAAGCACUACAAGUCCACCGUGGGAGUGGAUUUUGCUCUGAAGGUUCUCCAGUGGUCUGACUCAGAGAUGGUGCGGCUUCAACUGUGGGAUAUUGCAGGGCAGGAGCGUUUUACCUCCAUGACGCGACUCUACUACCGAGACGCCUCUGCCUGUGUGAUCAUGUUUGACGUCACCAACGCCACGACUUUCAGCAACAGCCAAAGAUGGAAACAGGAUCUGGACAGCAAGCUCACACUGCCCAGCGGAGAGCCUGUGCCCUGCCUGCUCUUGGCCAACAAGAGUGAUCUGUCCCCUUGGGCGGUGAGCCGGGACCAGAUUGACCGGUUCAGUAAAGAGAACGGUUUCACAGGUUGGACAGAAACGUCAGUCAAGGAGAACAGAAAUAUUAACGAGGCUAUGAGAGUCCUCGUUGAGAAGAUGAUGAACAAUUCCAAAGAAGAUAUGAUGUCUUUGUCCACCCAAGGGAACUACAUCAAUCUCCAAACCAAGUCCUCCUCUGGCUGGACAUGCUGCUAGGUCCAUGUGGCUCCUUUUCUGUCCAGGUCACUGAACUUUCCACCCACCUCUUCCUAUUGGCUGCCCACCAGGCAUAAAAAUUCUGUUAAGAACAUUUGAACGGUCUCUUGCCGGCCGCUGCCCAGAAAGGAGGCCCGCUGGAACUUGGGAAAGGCUGCCUGGGACUCAUGUGCAUUUUGUUGCUCUUGGACAUUGUCUCUGACUUACUGUUGGCCCAUGUACGCCAGCUAGAGCUUCCUAUGGGACGGUGAUCAUCUCACCCCUCAACUUAGCAUGAGUUUAUGGGAAGGAUUAAAAAUUAUCACCUGUGUGUUUGUGGUGCAGGGGAUUAGACUCAGGGCCUUGCCCAUGCUGGGCAAGCACAUUGCCACUGAUGUACAUCCUAGCCCUAGCAUCUGGGUUUGAGAAUAAUUCUCAGGGCCAGCAAGGUGGCUCAGUGCAUAAAGGCAUUUACCACCAAGCCAGAAAACCUGAGUUCAGUCCCUGGGGCCCACGUGUUGGGAGAACUGACUCACACAAGUUUGUCCUGUGACUUACACACUCAACCACAGCACACUCACCCAUACAAAGUAAAUCUAAAAAGUACAAAUAAAAUGAUCUCAAAGACA